UCAAUUAACCCCCAGACGAUGGCUCAACUUGCAGGAGUACCAAAGCAAAAAAAUAAUGGCAGACCAUGGGGUUACAGUUCAGAGAUUCUUUGUAGCUGAUUCUGCAAAUGAUGCCCUGGAGGCUGCUCAGAGACUGAAGGCAAAGGAAAUUGUUCUGAAGGCACAGAUUCUGGCUGGAGGGAGAGGGAAAGGUAUUUUCAAUAGUGGAUUGAAAGGAGGAGUUCAUCUAACUAAAGACCCUAAGACUGUUGAACAGCUUGCUAAACAGAUGAUUGGGUACAAUCUGUCAACCAAGCAAACUCCAAAGGAUGGUGUGACAGUUAAAAAGGUGAUGGUUGCAGAAGCACUGGAUAUUUUAAGGGAAACAUACUUUGCAAUUCUGAUGGACAGAGCCUGCAAUGGACCUGUCAUGGUUGGCAGUCCUCAGGGUGGUGUGGACAUCGAAGAAGUUGCAGUAACUAGCCCAGAACUUAUCUUUAAGGAGGAAAUAGAUAUUUUUGAAGGCGUGAAGGAUCAUCAGGCUUUGCAGAUGGCAAAAAAUUUGGGCUUCCAAGGAUCUUUGCAGCAGCAGGCAGCAGAUCAAAUUAAGAAGCUGUAUAAUCUUUUCUUGAAAAUUGAUGCCACUCAGGUUGAAGUCAAUCCCUUUGGUGAAACUCCAGAAGGGCAAGUUGUUUGCUUCGAUGCCAAGAUAAACUUUGAUGACAACGCAGAAUUUAGGCAAAAAGAAAUAUUUGCCAUGGAUGACAAGUCUGAAAAUGAGCCCAUAGAGAAUGAAGCUGCCAAAUAUGACUUAAAAUAUAUAGGACUGGAUGGAAACAUUGCUUGCUUUGUCAAUGGAGCUGGACUUGCAAUGGCAACAUGUGAUAUAAUAUCCCUGAAUGGUGGAAAGCCAGCCAACUUCUUGGAUCUGGGUGGAGGUGUGAAAGAAGCACAAGUCUAUCAAGCAUUCAAGCUGCUGACUGCUGAUCCAAAGGUUGAAGCAAUCCUUGUGAACAUCUUUGGUGGGAUUGUGAACUGUGCCAUCAUAGCCAAUGGCAUCACCAAAGCCUGCCAAGAGCUGGAGCUGAAAGUGCCUCUGGUGGUCAGACUGGAAGGAACAAAUGUCCAAGAAGCCCAGCGUAUUCUGAGUGAAAGUGGACUCCCCAUCACAUCUGCCAAUGACCUUGAGGAUGCAGCAAAGAAGGCAGUGGCAAGUGUGGCCAAAAAAUAACACCUUGAAGAUUAUUCUCAUGGAAAGUACUUGUGUUUCACAAGGCAUCAUUCCUGCUGCUGUUCCAGAGGAUUAAUGGAGUUCUCCUAAGCAGUCAUCAGGCUUGGCUGACAAUAAUUGAUAUAAUAAUACAAUAAUAUCAAUUAUUGUCAUCUAAUAAAAUAAAUAACAAUUGGAGAUACGUGGCCAACCCAGGCCAUAGGCUUGCAGGUGGGGCUUCAGAAAUUUUGCAGCUACAGUGUUCAGAAGUUUAUAUGUCUUUAUCUAAGUUUGGUAAUUUUGUUAGUCACAACUGUAAUAAGUAAUACUUCAGCUCUUUUUUGUCUCUCCUUCCAGAAUUGUCACUGAUAAACUUAUGAUAAGACAAAAUAAGUAAUAAUUGACUUUUGUCAACAGAAUUGUUCUUUAAUCAAACACUUUCAGGUCAUCCAUUUCACAGUAUUUUCAUUCAUGUUUUUAUAUUGUAAAGAGCAAACUAACAGUGGGUUUAUAUUUUCUAUGAACUUUUACAAUAAUGUAAAAAGCUGUGCUUACAAUCCUAUUUUUAUUCAAAUGAAUGAUGUUUAUUUUCUUUUUUUGGAAAUCACUGGCUUUGCCUUAAGAUGAUUCUCUUUUGUUGAUGCCAAUGGAUACCUCACAGUAGAAAAAGGCAUUGAGUAGCUGGUAGUGAAAGGAACUCCCACUCUUACCGUGCCUAUAAACCACUGAAAUGUGAUUCAUUUAUUUUCUAGUUUUUGGAAAUGCCCUGCUGUAUGUCCAGGUGUAACAAUGCCAUACAGGGGCUCCAGGAGGAUGUUUCUGCCACUAAAGAAAUGGCUGCUAACUUUUUUUAAAUAACCUCUUUUGUGAGAAUGUCACUGCUGUGAGGUUCUAAAGUAAGAUGAGAAACUGAAGCAGUUUUCUCUCAGGAGCAUGCAGAAUUGUUCAUCUGAUUUAAAUUCCAACAACCAUUUCUAAUUUAUUGGGAAUAAAACACAAAUGAACUUUUCAAUUUUUAAAGUAUUUGACUUCACAGGCAUCAGUAAAAUUAUGUAUAAGGAAAAAAACCCUAAGUUUCAGUACUCAGAUAUUGACCAAGAUUCAUUUUGAUUAUAUACUCUUUUGCAGCAGUCAAAAUUCAAGCUGUUAGUUACACAAAUCAUUCAUUCAGGGAACAGAAGGCAAUACUAAAUAUCUUGUGUAACUAAAGAACUUCGUACAAAUCUCACUCUGCCCAGGAAUUAUGUGCUGAAAAUCAUCAAUAAAUUUGAACAGUGAACAAAUGAGGGGAUAUUAUGAUCUGGAAUUGUAAAAGGGCAGAGAUAUAAAAAUUUGUGAAAUAAAUUCCUAAUUGUGAUUUUUUGAGCAGCUCUAAUCAAUACCAUGUUCUGCUUAGAAAAAUGUAAAUAAAUUUUUCUUGACAUUUCCAUUAAAACUGUCACAUUCAAAAUAAAUUAUCUGCACUAAUCUUUGGCUCUUGACACAAAUAGUGCAGAUAGGUUGCUAUCAUCAAUUCCUGCAGGUUUUUCCUUCUCCAUUCCUUUCUCUACAUAUUGCUCAAGGAAAAAAUGUGACCAUUAGAACAGCAAUAAAUAUGCCACUAGGUCUGUAGUUAUUGACAGAAUGAAGGAGAAGGGUAUCGUUAGCAGCUUUCUUGAAGGUGCAUAAAAGCCACACUGCUCUGAAGGAAGAAAUGUUUACCUCACCACAAUAAAUAAAAGAGUCACAUUCUAUUUUAUAUAUUUUAAUACUGGAAAGAUAAGAUUCUGUGGAAGAACUGUUUGUGAAAUGCUGUCACACACUGUGUCUCUAACUCUGGUCUCAAAACCAUCCACUCUGUGUACACAAUUAUUAUUUUGCAAAGGUUAA